GGGAAGGACGAGGAGAAAGGCGGGCGAGAGAGGAGGAGCCGGGAAGGAGGCGGCCGCGGCUGCUGCUCUCGCGGAGGGGCGGAUCGGACAUGGCUGAUGACAGCGCAGGCAGCAGCCGCCUUGCCGAGGUUCAGCGCCGCGUCGCCCAGGUGCACCACGAAGGCCAUCCGGAGCAGCAGCUCCGUUUCUACGACGGCUGGGCCCCGGAAUACGAAGAGGAUGUUGCUGUCUUGCAGUAUCAAGCCCCCCGACUGGCUGCUGCCUGCUUGGCCUCCGUUUUCCAGGAACCCCUCCAGGACGCUCUAGUGCUCGAUGUGGCCUGUGGCACGGGACUUGUGGCCAAGGAGGCAAAAGGUUUCUGCCGCCUCCACGGCCUGGAUGGCAGUCAGGGGAUGCUGGAACACGCGUGUCGCAAGGGGAUCUACCAGGAUCUGAAGAGGUGCCUCUUGGGGCAGGAAGCCCUACCAGCUCCUGAAGGGUGCUAUGACGCUGUUCUGAUCGUGGGGGCGCUCAGCGAAGGACAGGUGCCCACCAGCGUGGUUCCAGAGUUGCUUCGUGUCACCAGACCAGGAGGCUACCUGUGCCUGACCACCCGGAGCAACACAGGCAACCUGGAAUACAAGGCCCAACUGCAGCAAGUCCUGAACGAGCUGGAGCAGCGGGGACUGUGGCGAAAAGUCAUGGAGCAGGAAGUUGAGGCAUGGGAGCGGGCGACAUCAGAGAAGGAGUCUGCACAGGGUGUGGAGUAUAUCCCUGGCGUAGUGUACCUGUAUCAAAAGAGCCCUGUCUUGUGAGGAAAAGCUGCCAUUCCUCUACUUGCUGAGAGACCCCGCAAGGUUGGAACUUUGCUAUCCAGUGGGUGGAGCAUUUAAUAAAGCAGUCUGUGCCUUUGAGCAUGUGCAGAGUGCCUUUGGACACUAAAUAAUCACCGUGAACCCCCUCCCCCGGCUUGUGCUUCUAUAGCCAUGGGACAUUCAUAUAUCUUAAAGGCAAUUUUUUCUUAGGCUGGCCGUUUCCAACUUGGUACAUACACAUAGAUGUCGUUUUGGACUACAACUCCCAUCAACCCCAGCUAGGACAGGCAGAUUUCGGUUUUUACUGGGUCAGCCUUCCCUCAACCUCCUGCAGUGGCUCAGAUUCAGAACGUGGUAGAAAUUGGGUUCAAUUUGCAUUUAAAGCCCAGCUUAUCGAUGUCGCAUUUUCCAAAACAAUGAGAACUGAAGCAUAGCUAUCCUUAGAAAUCUGCACUUCUCCGAGUUUUGCAAUGCCGCCAUGGCUUUCUCCCAAAGAAUUAUGGGAGCUGUAGUUUGUUAAGGGUGCUAAGAGUUGCUGGGAGAGGCCCCUAUUCCCCUCUCCCAGAGCUACAACUCCCAAAGUGACUUAAUAGUCAACCCCUCUUCCCUGGGAACUAUAGUUCUCUGAGGGGAAUUGGAGGUCAUCUAUGAGAGUUUAAUGUGGCACCGUAGUUCUUUAAAUGCGUGGUAUGAAUGGGGCAUCAAGGUUUCUGAGCAAAAUCAGUUUUCAGUGCAAUAAAAGGAAGUGUGUGGUG